AUGGUUGCGGGCGUGCCUUGCGACGAACAGGGCCCACACGGCCAUGUACGGGCAUGCGCAUGUGUUGCGGACAGAGGCGACUUUGGAGUUCCCGCAGCACCUAGUGGCUGGUGGGAUUGCGCCAAGAAGGGUGACGAGGCCAAGUGCUUCCGUAGCAUCGCACACGAGGCGUUCAAUUGGGAGAAGGAAAAGCUGAUGCUCGACUACCUCAGCAGCCCCCAUAACUUUUCACAUGUGAUGGUGCUUGAUGCCGACGCUGCGCUGGUCCACCAUGCGCACGACAUCAUGUCUGGCAUGGCUGCAGAGCUGUCCGCCGCUGGCAAAGAACUCCUCAUCACGAACGAGGACUGGAUGGGCCCAGGCGCUGGGGCGAGCCGCAUCAACGGCGGCCUGCUCUUUGCGGCCAACUCCCCGUUUACAAGGGCCCUCUUCGAGGACAUGCUGGACGCGCACGCCCGCGGGGGAGGCUUCAAGCAGCCCCGGAUCGGGGGUGCCCCGCUCAGAUGCGGCAAGAGCGAGCAGCUCUGCCUGAACGGGCUCCAGGAUCGCCAGGAGUUCGCCUCCAGGGCGCUGCUCGCGAGCGGAACUCGGUACAACAGGGGUGGGUGCGUGUUGACGAGGUGCGGCGACGGCACAGGGGACCCCAACCAGAAGAUGAAACGCUCAGGCCUGCUGGACCCGACUCUUGAGAUCAUGCAUUUCAUGGGCAAUAGCAAGCAGUUCGCGUCCAGGGCGAUUUGUCAGGACGGUCAGACAUUGACUGGCCAGGGACCGCAUGGCUACGGGUGUGCGGAGUGA